CUCCGCAUGUGGUGGACGCGGAACGCUUGGGAUCCCUUCGCCAGCUUCGCCGCUUUCCGCGCGCUCUGUACCCCGGCCCCUGGCGCCGGCCUGGGGGGGCCGAGGAGGCAGGGGGCCGAAAGGGCUGUUCCGCUGUCGGCCCUCCGGCGUUGCGGCCGGAACCGCGGAGAGCCUGCUGCAGUGGUCGCGGGCCCACCGCCGCGGCCGGUGCCUGGACCGACUCUCUUUCUCAAAGGAGACUUCUCCUCAGCGGUUGCUGCAGAGGGAGAUGAAGGACCUGUUAGACCGUGAGACGACUUCGGGGCCGGCCAACUAGGAGGACUCGGCGAGAGGGCGCCCGUCCCCUCCCGGCCUUGCUCCUUUGGCGCCGUGAGCGAGAUCCAUUGAUGAGAUGAAACGGUUGGAGGAAAUGUCAGGUAUGUUUCAGAGCUCUGGAAUUGAGCGCCACCCCCCAGAACCAAAAUCCCAGACAGAAGGGAUUGAAGAUUCAGGAGGCAAAGAGCAGCCAUGGGAGAUGGUGAUGGAUAAGAAACACUUCAAGCUGUGGCGGCGUCCCAUUUCAGGCACCCACCUUUACCAGUACCGAGUGUUUGGAACCUACACGGACGUGACACCGCGGCAGUUCUUCAAUGUUCAGCUGGAUACAGAAUAUAGGAAAAAGUGGGACGCCCUGGUGAUCAAGCUGGAAGUGAUCGAGAGGGAUGUGGUCAGUGGCUCUGAGGUUCUUCACUGGGUGACCCAUUUUCCUUACCCGAUGUACUCAAGGGAUUAUGUGUACGUUCGGCGGUACAGCGUGGAUGAGGAAAACAACGUGAUGGUGUUGGUGUCACGUGCUGUGGAGCACCCGAGUGUGCCAGAGUCUCCGGAAUUCGUCAGGGUCAGAUCAUACGAGUCCCAAAUGGUUAUCCGUCCACACAAGUCAUUUGAUGAGAACGGCUUUGACUACUUGCUGACAUACAGUGACAACCCCCAGACCGUGUUUCCGCGCUACUGCGUUAGUUGGAUGGUUUCCAGUGGCAUGCCAGAUUUCCUGGAGAAGCUGCACAUGGCCACUCUGAAAGCCAAGAACAUGGAGAUCAAAGUGAAGGACUAUAUCUCAUCUAAGCCUUUGGAAGUGGGGACUGAGGCCAAAGCCGCCACCCCAUCUUCUGAGCGCAAGAGCGAGGGCAGCUGUGGGCCUGCCCGCAUCGAGUACGCUUGACAGGCCCUGGGGGAAGUGGGGCCAGGCGGGUUCCAGCCCUGUCUCGGCGUCAUCACUCCCUCCACUGCGGAACAGGGUGGGUUCGCAGGGCUCUGCUAUAGCCACCACGCAGGCUGAUUCAGUACUGGUGUCCGCUCUCAGAGCCCUGCUGCUCUGUAUCGGAACAGGAGGAGGCGGCAUCUGAAGGGCCUUGUCAUGUUCUAGGGCCAAGUGUUUUGAAACUGGUGUUCCUGGAGCUCCUCUGGAACCAGCCUUGCCUCAGGCCGGAGGGGACGACAUCAUUUACUUUCUCUGCCCACAUUCCGUUCUCAGCCUCGGUUCUGCGGCACUUUGGAUUGGUUUCCUUCGGUUCUGAAGGUCCAACUGGACCACUUGGACAGUUGAGUUUUCAAUGACAGGUCAUGGCGGGAGGCACUCUAGGUCACAGUCCUGGUUUUGAGGGGGCGUGAACUAUUGCUUGGCAGCGUAAGUGCCUUGUCCUCACCUUCCGCUGUCUCUAGGGACAUAAAGUUUGUACUAAGAGAUGUCAAUCUCUGCCUCCCAUUGCCGUUCCCCACGCAAAACAGUUUCCCUUGAGUCAGCCAGUUCUUCGGUAUUCAUGUGCUGUGUUCAUCUGGGUCACCGCCUCCCUGUGUAGCCCAUUUACCAAGAACGCUGGGAAACUAAACACUGUCAGACAGUAACUCUAUCAUCAGUGUUUUUGAUAGGAUCAGUGGAGAUGCUCAAAACAUCCAGUUUAGCUUUGUGUUUUUUUUUUAAACUUUUGUGUUAGAAAGCGGGGGUGGAAUUAGGGAAUGGAAUAGGAUUUUUUUCCCAUAGUCUGGGCUGUAUAGACAGCACUGUUUUGAUUCGGGAAUUAUUUUUCACACUUGGGGUUUGACUUAAUGCCGGCACCUUGGCCAUCUUGGAAGGCUGAAGGCAGAGGGGUGGGGGUUGGGCACCUCCCUGGAAGCUCUCAGAGCUGCAGACAAGCUGUGUGAGCAGACAGAUGCAGUCGGUCCCAAAUGCUCAUCAAGGGGGAUGUGAUUCAUGUGACCCUGUGAAAAGCUUUUUGUCCUCUUCCAAGCUAAAAUUAAGGCAAACCACGCUGUUCAGAUAAAAUCACAAUCAGAUGGGAUUGGUCUGGCCUGGCUAACUGUCAUGCUGCACUCUGACCAGGAGCAUCUGAAAGGGCUUCAGAUCCUCCUCCUUUCCCUUAUUAGAAUAUGAAUGACCAGAUUUCUCCCACCCCCACUCGCUACCCUUUUGUGUUGCUGAAAGGGGAGCGAAAGCUGAGAUUAAGCCCGUUAAACUUUUUGUGGCCUAAGUUUGUGCCAAGGAAAUGCCUGCUCCACUCUUUGACUUCUUGCAAUCUCCGCGUCGUUGGCAGACCAGAUGGGUGCCUCAGACAGCCCCAGCUUCUCUUCAUCGGUUGUGUCUCCCUCCUCAUCCCCAGGCGCGAGUCCCUGGGUUGCAUUGGAACUUAGCGCCAGUGACUGUUGGGACAGGGGUGGUAUGGGUGAGUGCCAUGAGUACACUUGAGUAAAGGAGCUGUGUGUUGCUCACGUGCUUUUUGGCAAUUUGACUCUUCACUUGGUCUUGGUCUGUACAGUUACUUACGUCAUUGUAAUGAUUUCACUCCUGACUGUGAUGUUUUUACCAAAUGCGUGAAUAAAAGAUUGGUAUGAA